UUUUGCUGCAGUUUCGUUUCUCCUGAGAAAGAGGAGAUUCUGACAGCUCCGUGCAUCUGAGGCUGCAAGGAGGAUCUUGCAAUACUCUCUUCUCCCGGAGCUACCACCUUCUGGUCUGCAUACAGCCCAGUUUCCAGUAAAAAAGAACAUCCCGCCAUCUACUUAAGGUCACCCCCAGUUUGGUGUUAGUCUAUUAGGAUGGCAGGACAAACUCCCCAAAAACGAGGUCACACUGAUGAUUUACUGGGAGGGGCUGGAUGGAGUAAAAGGUUAAAGAGAGGUCAAAAGCCUGAAGAUGAGGAGGAAGAGGCUAUGAAGGAUUAUAAAAAGAUGCAAAAUAUGCUGAAGGAUGUUCUGGACCAGGCUACACAGAAGCUGUCACAAUUUCUGUCCCAACACAACCUGCCUGAGACAAGAAUGAGAGUUGAGCAUCUCAUGAACCGCCUUGCAGGCUUGAAGCCAGACAUCCUGCUGGAUCCCAUUUACAUUGGUCUCUUUGGCAGCACCGGGGAAGGGAAAAGCACGUUGCUGAACACUAUCAUAGGCAAAACCUUCUUCUUGCCAGUGUCUGGGAACAGAUGCUGCACAUCCUGCGUGGUGCAGGUCAACACGAGCCACAACAGAUAUCUCGAGGCAAAAAUUCACCUUCUCACAGAUGAGGAGUGGAAGGAUGAGCUGAAGUGUCUGGUAGCACUUGUGGAACAGGAUGAAGAUGAGGAUGCCGAAAGUCGUGAGGCUGCUUUGAAAAUCUCUACCAUCUAUGGGGAAGAAGCUUGUGCUAAGAGUUACGAGGAAUUGUGCAGGAUGAAACCCAUAGUUCAUAUUCCCCCUACAAGAUGUAUCACCCUCAGGGGAACUCAUGAACAAGAUCUUUCUGAAAGAAUGCGUCCCUAUAUCUCGAUUCAGAGCAUCCGAAACAAUGAAGAAGGAACAAGCAGAGACGACCAAAGUACAUACCUCUGGCCUCUAAUAAAACACGUGGAAGUGACUGUCCCAGCGUUGCCACUGAUUCCAGAAGGUGUUGUCUUUGUGGAUAUUCCAGGGAUGGGCGAUUUCAAUAGAAAAAGAGAUGCCAUCUGGAAAGAGAACAUCAACAAAUGCUCUGUCAUUUGGGUGGUCAAGUCUAUUGUACGCAUUCUGGGAGAGGGAAUCCAUGAGACGCUGCUGAAAGAAGGCAUGAAGGCUUUCCAGAGUGGGAUGUGCAGGGACAUCUCCUUGGUGGUCACGAAGUCUGAUCAGAUUAACCUAGAUGAAUACCGGUGGGAAACAGGGAGAAAUGAUAUAAAUGAACAUGAUGCCAUCCUAGAAAGGAAUGAAAAUGUGAAGCGGAGUAAGAGAGAAACAAUGAAGAAAACCCUAGAGAAGGUGCUUCCCAGCGACUCCUACGUUCUGCAGAAGGCUGACCUUGUGUACACCGUCAGUGCCCAGGAGUACAAUAAGGGGAAGAUACUCCUCAAGGAAGAAACAGAGAUCCCAAAGCUGAGGGAGUACAUCCAGACGUUUUACACAGCGCAGAAAAGGAACAAACUGAUGGAUUAUGUAUCAGAGGCUUUGGUCAUCUUCUCACUGCUUCAGAGCCUCCGAUCCAACCAAGACAGUCAGUACCAGGAUGCGAAAGAACACUUGGAAGACUUAAGUACAAGGGCGAUGGAUGCUUUGGAGGAAAAAAUUGAGGCGUGUUUUGUACCUAUUGAACAGUCACUUAGUGAAGGCGUAGAUGAAGCAAAGAACUCGUAUAAGAAAAUUAUCAACAAGAUCCUCCAAAGACAUGGUGGGUACCAGGGUUUCCACCGAACGCUGAAAGCUGUGUGCCUGAACAAAGGAGUGUAUGUGUCGCGGGUCUUCCACCGCAUAGACAUCAACGACUGCCUGGCUUGGCCCAUCUAUGAAAAAAUUGACAUGAGUUUUGGAGAUGUAUUGAGGAUCCAGAUGGGCACCUGCUCCAGACUGAAAGUCUGCCUUGACACAUUCAAAAAUGACAUGCAGAAGCAACUGAAAGAAGCCAUGAUGACAUACGUGGUGGCUGACAGAGAGGACAAGCUCAAGUUCCUUCAGCAGGAGACAGAAUUCACUUUCCAACAGACUGAAAAAUUCAUCCUUCAGAAGAGAGAUGAAAUCUACCAAUCUCUUACUGUAUCCAUCCAAAACGAUCUCCUGCAGUGCUAUGAAGAUGCUGCCAAGCAAAGAGGUAUAGGAGCCUUCAAGAGGAUGAAAGAUAUCCUCAGUGAUGGUAUAAAGGCCAAGACAGAAACCGGAAUGUUUGAAAGAGCACAGGAGAAGAUGAGAAAACACUUACAGAACCUGAAGGUAGAGAUCAUCCAGAAGAUGAAGAAGAACUUCUCCAGCAUGCUCAGUGUUGCCUUUUACCCCAAGGACCAACUCAACAGCAAGCUGCCAGAUUUCCUUGAUGAGUUGAUCUCCAUUCGCAGUAUUCACAGGUUCCUGCACUCAGCCAGAGAAACUUAAAGUGCUGCAGGGAUCACCUGAGAUGCUUUGUGGUUAUUAUUCAUGUGGGUGGCUUCCUGUCUCUAUUCUGUGAGCACAUAACCUCAGAGGAUUUUUUUUUUCCUACUCUAAAAACAUUUCUGAGAUAUUUUUGUAUGCAUUUUACAAGGCUGCAUGAGUCCUGCAUAAUCCCCAAGCACCAUGCAACCUGUGGUCACUCACAAGUCCUUCUGAAGUGACCCUUCAUUCCUCUGACCUUGUCGACUUAUAUGGAUACUACCCUGGACCAUUGGUCUGAUGCAUUCCCAGAAGGAGCAGGAUCAGUAGAGUCUCUGGCCAGUGUAUUGGGGUCUCUCCAACUAUCACACAUCUGUGCUCCUUCAUGCUUUUGGAGACACACUUUUCACCCCACAUCCCACCAUGCUUACGUGCCAAAUGUAACCCAAUUUUACCUGCUAUGUUUAUAUCUCUUUUAGUACUUUGGCUUUUUAUGUAAAAUAAAAGUGUUCAGAACAAA